AUGACCGCUAGCUCGUUUUCCAAUGACAACGAUUCCCAAUUUGACGACCUCGAUCCUGCAGAUCAGGAUUGGCAAUAUGCCCCCACUCCAGGAUAUUUCGAUCGUACUCCUGCGUCGGGAUGCGCGCUUAGUCCUUCACCGAACGAAUACUCCGAUGACCCAGAAGAACUGUCCCAAAACGAGCCUACAAGGCCUGGCCUACUCCAGCUCUCUGAAUAG